AUGCAGGUGCCGCCCAAGUACCGGCAGGCCUCGCUGUACGUGGGCGACCUGCACGCCGACGUGACGGAGGACCUGCUGUUCCGCAAGUUCAGCGCCGCGGGGCCCGUGCUGUCCAUCCGCGUGUGCCGCGACCUGGCCACGCGCCGCUCGCUGGGCUACGCCUACGUCAACUUCCUGCGCGCGGCCGACGCGCAGGCGGCGCUGGACACCAUGAACUUCGACGAGCUGCGCGGCCGCGCCAUGCGCCUCAUGUGGGCCCAGCGCGACGCGCGCCUGCGCCGCUCGGGCGAGGGCAACGUGUUCAUCAAGAACCUGGCGCGCUCGGUGGACGGCAAGGCGCUGCACGCGCGCUUCUCCGCCUUCGGCCGCAUCCUGUCGGCCAAGGUGGUGCGCGACGAGCGCGGCGCGCGCGGCUUCGCCUUCGUGCACUUCCAGAGCCCGCGCGCGGCCGAGCGCGCCAUCGCCGAGAUGCACGGCGCGCGCCUGCACGGCUGCCGCCUCUUCGUGGGCCGCUUCCAGCCGCGCCAGGCGCGCGCGGCCGAGCUGCCGGGCGCGCGCGACUUCACCGACGUGUGCGUGCGCAACCUGGGCGCCGCGGUGGACGACGCGCGCCUCGCGCAGGCCUUCGGCGCCUUCGGCCGGCCGCGCAGCGCGCAGGUGGUGCGAGACGCCCGCGGCCGCUCGCGCGGCUUCGGCUUCGUGCGCUUCGACUGCCCCGAGGCGGCGCGGCGCGCGGUGGCGGCCAUGCACGGCCAGGCGCUCGGCGGCCGGCGGCUGGGUGGCCGCGCGCAGCGCCCGGCGGAGCGGCGGGCCGAGCUGCGCCAGGCCUUCGAGCGGCGGCGGGAGCGGCCCUGGCGCGCGUGGGGCGACGCGCUCUACGUGCGCAACCUGGACGCCGCCGUGGACGACGAGCGGCUGCGGCGCGAGUUCGCGGCCUUCGGCGCCGUCCGCCGCGCCACGGUCAUGCGCGAGGACGGGCGCAAGGGCUUCGGCCUGGUCUGCUUCUGCGCGCCCGAGGACGCCGCCCGCGCCAUGGCCGCGCUCAACGGCCGCCUGCUCGGCUCCCGGCCGCUCAGCAUCGCGCUGGCGCAGCGGCCCUAG